AUGCAACAACCAAGGUCUGAUUAUUCGCCAGACCUGGUCAAGGAAGCCUGCAUUAGGGUGGAACUUCUAAACAGGGAAACUGAUCUUCAUAAGGAAAAUGUUGCUUUGUCUGGAAGCAGCAGUCCAGAAGAUGUCUUCAGCUGCUGUGAAACACAGGUAUUAUCAGUUUGUAUGGACACCACCAUGCCUCCAGACGACUACAUUCAAAGGCGAGGCUAUAUAGAGCCUUCACUUCAGAAGCUUCCUGUAGAGGAGUCCAUUGGGAGUCACCACACACCCUUCCAGUUUGACCGGCAUGCUCUGGCCAGAAUUUCCACUUCCCCAACUUUAAGACGUCUAAGGAUGACCUCUGCUUCACAAGCACUGCCAUUCCAGGACUGUUCUGACACAGCUCAGCUAGGGAAUCUAAAGGAAUACAACGGCUCUCUCCACCACAUUUGCAAGAGUCCACCUCGGUGUACUACAACUUCCUCGUUGUCGUUGCCUUCUUGUGUUCAUGCAAAAUUACUGUCUUCCAAAGCCAAGUCUGAAACAACUAUUGCAAACCCAACAUCUGCUAGCCCCAGAUCAAAACUGUCAAGCCACAAAGGUCCUCUCAGCAAUGGCAGAACCAGUGAGAGACUCCAGAACUCUUGGAGAGCCAACAGUGCUACCCUGACUAGGAGAAUCCCUAGUCCCGGCCCUACACCCCAGGAGGAUGUUCAGCAGUGUGGAUUGCCUAUACAAAGACCAGAAGGGCACAGGCGUAGCUCUGUGGUAGCGAGUCUGCCUGGACUGAAAGCGUUGCCUGGAGACCCUGUGGUGUCAGACACUGCAAUGGACUACCUGCCCCACGCCGCCGUCUUGCUAAGUGCAGAAAAAACAAGGUGGCCAUUUGCCAAAAGAGGAGUUGCUAAAGACAAACAGAAGCAAGUAUCUGAUAUGGAAAACUGUCUUUCAACUGUUAAGAUCAUAGACUUCAGCACAUAUGAAUUUUUCUGCUUUAAGAGUAAAUUUUGGCGUGAAUUUGUACAGGCGCAACAGACAGAGCAGAAAGAUGUCGACAGGCAGUUCGAAGUGAAAAAAGAAGCAGCAAUGUGGGAACUUUUCACAAGUGAAUGCACCUACUUUCUGGAUAAUUUGCUGGUUCUCAAAAUGGUAUUUAUGAACACUCUAAAAUGCCUCCAGACUAAUGAACUUCUCUUGGAUGUGGAUUUAUGGAGACCUUUUGCAAACUUAGAGGUGUUAAGCAAGAUAAGUCUCAGUUUUCUGCAAACUUUUUUUGAAGCCGUGAAGGAGCACAUCAGAAAGUCAAACUCUCCAAUGGAUUUCAGCUCCAUACUCAGAAAGCUUUUCCAGGGUGACCUCUGCCAGACACAUCAGAUAUAUUGUCUUAAUUAUACCUCCGCUGUCUUCUACUUGGAAAACCUGAGACAGAGAGAAGAGUUUGGCAUCUACCUGAACUGGUGUGAACAAAAGGAACAGUGAGAGAGACUGCAUGUAGAGCUGCUGCUCUCUCCCUUGCAUCAACUGAUGUGCUAUCCCCUCCUCCUCAACAUCAUCUGGAAGAGGAGCACUGAUGAAACAGAGAAAGGCUUUAUCCAGUCACUUAAAGAAAAGGUGGAAAAGUCCAUAUGGCAUCUGGAAGGUAAAGUCAAGUGGUUGGACAACUUUCAGAAGUUCAGACAGCUGCAAGAGGUCGUAAUUUGGCCUCAGGUCUGGGAUCGUGACAAGAGGUUCUUUGUCCAAGAGUGUUUGAAGCAAAGCCUAAGGGAAAACGGCAGUGAAAACAUUUUGUGUUCAACGAACAGCCUUCUCCUUCAUGAAGGGAGGCUAACACUAGCAGAAAGCACAAGACUCCUUGACAUCAUCUACCUCUUCCUGUUCAACAGUUUCCUAUUAAUUACCAAAAUGAAACGUCACAGAAAGAAAUACAGGAGCUCAGACACCAGUUUAAUGCCUGUCUGUCCUUCCCUCACUCCUGAGCUGCAGCCCUUCAUCAGAGAGGGUAGAUUUUGCACUGUCCUAGACCAGCCCAUCCCACUAGACAGACUGAUACUGAAAAACAUUGACCCCAUCCACGUUACAGUCUUCAGCCUGUGAAAUGCUUUCCUAAUACAGCAUGCAAAUAGGUACUGGCAGUGCAUAGCAGUCUUCUUGCUACAAGCUCAGACAGAGAAAACAUGGAUGUCACAGAUAGAAACAGCAAUCUCCAAUUACUCCGUGCAACAUGAAAUCAAGAAAAGCACCACUUUCUGCCUCCCAGCUGAAUCCUCUGGAAUUCAAUAACUUCAGCACAGCACCGACAGAGGCAGUGGAAGACUACUGAAGUGAUAACACAGUUAUAUCUUCCAGGAUGCCUUAAGUUUCUGAAGCUAACAGAUUUCUGACUUGACUAGGCAGGUGUAAGGAGUUUUGAUCACAGAAUGUAGGGGUAAACUGAAGGGGGGAAAUGUGCCUUGCAGUAAGUGUAUCACUCUUAGAGGCUCCUUUGCUUCAACUAGGGUAAGGCUCUUGCUAUCCAGCGGAGCUUUGAUACAGCUUGUUGUUUCCUAGAAAGCAGGACAGUGGAAACACCUCUGUUCGUGACAAUACCUUCACGAGAAAAGUCUAGAAAGGUUAUUUUGAGAGCAAUCAUACUGUAUUAAUAAAUUUCAUUAAAUUAAUAUUGUGUAGCCAUAGCUGCUGAUAGUUAUGCCUCUCUACCAACUGAAUUAUAAUAUCACAAGAUGUUUUUGCAUUAACUUGAGCAUGAGAUCAGUGAAAGCAUAUGUUGUGUUGACUUACUAAUUUUUAAAAUGAGAUUAUUGAAGUUUCUUUGGGAAAAGUCAUAAUUACAUAUAACAUUCAGUUAAACCAGAGAUGCUACUGGAUAUAUAAAAAGAAAGAAGUGCAAUGAUGCCCUGCUUUAUUUGCAUUUUUUUUACCUGAGGUUUUUCACCACUUUAUUAGCAGCAGAUCUGUCAUGAUGCAUUUUUUUACACCCAUUACAGCCUUUUAGGUCUGCUUCAGAAACUCGAGUGUUCCUUUUGCAUUAAGCCGUUCAAUACUUCUCUGCUAUUUGAGAUCUGUGGUCCAUGUAGCAGAAGUGUGCCCAUUAUUAGUCACUUCAUUUUUCCCUCUUUUGAGGUACUAGAAGAGACCCACAGAACAGCCCGAAAUUACUUGCCACAACAUUUGUGCAGGUUACUACCAUGGAGGAAGGGUGCUCUAACCAGGUUAGCCUUGGCUAAUCUCCUGGUAUUAG